GUCUAACUGGGCCGAUAACUAUGAUGGAACAGGAGUUGACGGAAAUGCGCAGCGCUAUCGCAAAAAAACUAGUGCAGACCUAAAGACUAGAGUACCAUGAUGGUUGCCUUACUAUUGUUUACCUUGCUCUACCUUAAAGCUCUACCGUCCACCCCGGUAAAAACUUGGCCAAAUCACAACAUCUUUUCUUAGAAUAUAAGAUGUUACUAAAAAUAUACUCGGUUUCCGCUCGCUUUGCUUUUGCGUAAUGUAUUCUUAAAGUCGGUGAGCCAGCACUUAGUCAAAUGGCAGAACGACUUGUUUUGUUUGUCGUCGAUUGACAUGCUUGACUUGAACUGAUAUAUUUUCAAAGCCGAGGUUUGCAAAUGUUUGAAGAACAAGCCACGAAACCUGUUUAAAAGGAACAAUAAUCCAAGGAAAAAAUAGAACUAUCGGGCUCAUGAGUUCAUUCGACGAUCGUGCAACGUCGGUUUCAACAUUAGGCGGGAAACGUUGUCUUGUCGGCUGUCAAAUAUCGGCUAGUUGUGAUUUUAAGUUAAGACUGAGUAACAAUAAUGGCUUCUUAUUCAGGAAAUCUAACGCAAUUGAGCGACUUCCUAGGAACAGCGGACACUAUAUCAGAGACGGAAGAUGCCGAAUUCUUGUCUGCUUCUGAAGCUGUCAAGAAACUCGAAGAGAGCUGGCUGAAUGAAAUGCUUGCCCCAGAAUUGCUGUUGCCACAGACUGAACUAGUUGACUGCCUUUUAGAGCAGACAAAGAACAUGGAAGAAAAUUUAAUGGCCAUUUCAAAAUCAGAUUUUCGUUUUGCUCUUCAUAGAAUGGAAGUGGAAAGAAUCAGAUACAUAGUGACAUCAUACCUUAGAAUAAGGCUGGAGAAAAGAAAAUUUCUUUGCUACCUACUAAACAAUGAAAACAAAAGACAACGAAAUGAACCAAGUUUGCUAACUGAAGAUGAACUAAAAUUUGCCCAAGAGUUGAGUUCUAAUACAGAAUCGCACCUCAGAACUCUUGGACUAAGGCAUAUGCCAACAAACAUGCGAGAUAUCAACACCCAAAAAUUCAUGAUUGCUCCCAACCGAGAUAGCUAUGUUUUUGCACGUGUUAAAGAUGACGCGCCAUCGGUUCUUGUUAGCGAUGGAACUAGCGAAGGAGAAAUGGAAGUGGAGCUGUUGAAAAAUUCCCAACAUUUGCUUCCUUAUAGAUCAAUUGCUAGCUUAGUGCAAAAUAAUGUUGUGAAUCUAAUGUAAAUUAUAGCAUUACUUAACAGUAUCUUUUAAAAAAGAAAUUCGUAAACAAAUACAAUGAAAUACCGAAAUGUUUGAAACAAAAGGUGGCGCUGAAAA